GAUCCUUAGAACACGCAGUUUGAUAAAGGCCAAGGUGGCUUUAUGACGUAGCUCCCCCUGAAGAAAAGCUGAGGCGCAUGCUCCACCUGCCCUCUUUCCCCUCAGCCGUGGGAAUGGAUACAUCUGCCCACAUGCGGAAGGUCAGCAGGCCAUGACAACGACCACAACCACCACCAACGUAACCGCAAAGCGCUCUAUCUCCUGCCCUACUGACCCUCUGCGGCUGUCCUCUCGCAACUCGCAGCUCACAGAGAUGGCCACGAACAGUCAAGAGCACGUUGAUGCUUAUGAGGCAUUGGAUCUUACAGAAUUUGGCAAAAACCAGCCUUGGUGGCGCAAACUUUUUGGGCAGGAGACACGGUCUGCGGGCGAGAAGUACAGUGUGGCAACCCAGCUCCUGAUUGGCGGCAUCACGGGCUGGUGCACUGGCUUCAUAUUCCAGAAAGUUGGAAAGCUGGCUGCCACAGCGGUGGGAGGGGGCAUUAUUCUCCUUGAGCUCGCAAACCAUACUGGCCACAUCAAAGUUGACUGGAAUCGCGUAGAGAAGGACAUGAAAAAGGCCAAGGAACAAUUGAAGAUUCCGAAGAGGGCACAAUUACCAACUGGGGUCAAGAGCAAAGCUGAGGAGUUGGUGUCGUUCAUAAAGCAGAAUGUAUUAGUAACUGGAGGAUUUUUUGGAGGCUUUCUGCUCGGUAUGGCAUCCUAAAGGGGUAUCACUCCACUCCCACGGUUCAGCAGCCUCUGUACACCAUCGUAGAAAAAUCCAGAGGCUUUCCACUUCCUCUUCAUGCCUGCCCUCCUCCCUGUUGUAAAUCUGAACCGCCUCCAUGCGCAUCUGCCCAUGCAAGUUAACACAGGUCCUCCCAUGGGCUCGACAAGCCACAGGGCAGCGCACUCUCCAUCUGGAGGUCAACAGGAAUGGUCCUUCCCCCGUGUGUAGAACCUGCCCCAAACCAUCUUUAAGAUCUGUCUCUAACAGGCGAGCUGGAAGAGCGCUAUGUGGAAAGAACUGAACAUAUCUGACUUUGAGCAUGGGAAGAAAGUAAAGCAGGGACAGUUGUGGGAGUACCACCUGCUAGUCAGCUACUUUAGGGGGACAGUCUCCUUACAGAACUUUACAAGUAAAUUGAUGCUUUCUUUUGCUCUGGACAACUACUCCAGCAAGCUGUAAUUAUAGCUCUCUUAGUUUGGAACUCAGAAGUGUGACUCUCUUCAAAAAGGGCCAUAAUCUAAAUCCCUGAAAGCUUCACUAAGACCUGGUUGUUUUUCUUUUUUGGGGGGAGGGGGAGUAGGGUAGGGUGGGCCUAGGGCCUUGCUCCUACUAGGCCAAGGGCUACCACUGAGCUAUAUUCCCAGGCCUUUGGGUUUUCUUCAUUUUGAGAGGUCUCACUAAAUUGCUCUCACUGGCACUUGACAAUCUUAUGUCUCAGCUUCCUGUGGAGGUGGGAUUACAGGUCCAAGUCCCCGGGAACAGCUUCCCCAAGACCUUAAGAAAGAACUGAAGAAUGCAUCUCCGAGUCUACUUUGCCUCUUCUCAAUCUUCUCAUUUGCCUUUCCCACCAG